AUGCCUUCCAGCUUCGGCUGGCGCGCUCUCGCGCUAUCACUGGCCACACUGGCUCCCAUCGCGCGCGCCGAUAUUUGCUCCACCCUUGCAGCAGGCGGAAUUGACAUUGAAUACCCACUGUCGCUUGACUACUCGACCGAUCUGACAAAAUAUUGGUCCGCUGCCUGCGGUGAUCUCAAGCCAACAUGCAUUGCUGCGCCAUCCAGUGCGGCCGAAAUGUCGCAAGUGAUCAAAGAGCUGCACAACGUUGAGACAUUGUUUGCAGUCAAGUCUGGUGGUCAUAUGCCGAACAAUGGCUUUGCUAGUAUCCAAGAUGGUCUGCUAGUUUCGACCAAGAAUUUGGAUCAGGUUUUCUAUAACCCAGAUGACCAGACGGCGAUCAUUGGACCUGGUCUGUCGUGGGAAGAGGCUCAGAAGGGACUUGAUGGGACUGGUCGGGCUGUGGUUGGAGGUCGACUUGGAGGUGUGGGAAUUGGAGGGUACAUGCUUGGAUGUGGAAUGAGUUUCCUCAGCACUCAAUACGGCUGGGCAGCCAACAAUGUCGUGAACUUCGAGGUUGUCCUGGCCAAUGGUACGGUGGUCAAUGCCAAUGCGAAGGAGAAUACCGAUCUUUUUGCUUCCCUCAAGGGUGGAGGUAACAACUUUGGCGUUGUCACCGCAUACACCAUGCAGACUCACCCCAUUGGAAAAGUCUGGGGCGGCAACUAUGUCUUCACUGCAGAUAAGACACCCCAGGUGCUAACGGCACUGCGCAACUUCGCGGACAACUAUCCUGACGACAAGGCGGCCAUCAUCCUGACAUCGGAGCACGGCUUGGUGAUUGACUUCUGGAUCAUGUUCCUGUUCUACGAUGGUCCCGAGCCCCCAGCGGGCGUAUUCGACGAGUUCACGGCGAUCGAUCACACGUCGACCACUAAGACGUGGGAUACCUACUAUGACUUGCUCAAGAAUAACGAUUUCUUUAUUCUGCAUGGACAACGCUACACCAUUGCCACGGAGACGACCCCUGUGCCGAAUAGCACUGUCGGCACUGCUCCUCUCCAGGAGUACUAUGACCACUGGUUCAACGUGACCGAGUCGGUCCUUGAAGUUACAGGUGUUCUAGGAUCCAUCGCUUUCCAGCCGGUGCCCAAGACCUUCUCUGAGAAGGCCAAGGCCCGUGGCGGAGAUCUUCUGAAUGUCCCGACCAACACAAAUUACAUUUUCAUCGAACUUGACUUCUCUUACUCCCUCUCUUUAGACGACGACAAGAUUGACCAAGCCAACCAGAACCUCUACCAAGGUAUGGGCAACCUGGUGCAGAAGAAUAUUAAUGAGGGCCUCCUCCCCGACGUGUACCGACCACUUUUCAUGAACGAUCUCUACUUCCGCCAGGAUUACUGGGGUCGUAUCGAUCCGGCGUCGAAAAAGUCGGCCCUCGAGACGAGACUACGCUAUGAUCCGGAUGGCUUCUUCCAGAAGCGGACUAGUGGUGGCUGGAGACUUAAUUAG